AAUUUUUCAUUACAUACGCUAAGCAACCGCACCUCGACGGGAAGUACACCAUCUUCGGCAAGGUUUGCUAUUCCAUCGGUGCCGCUGGCUAUGAUUUUGGCUCACACGUUCACUCCGCUUCCACUCUUCCCUGAUGCAGGUGAUCGACAGCGCAGAUACCACCCUUGAUGCAAUGGAGCGCGCUCCGGUCAACGCGAAGAACAGGCCACCCACGGAGGUCAAGUUCAUAGUGGUGCUGCGGGGGGGCGGUGAGGCGACGACCAUUCCGGCGACGAACCUUGCGUACAUGCAGUGCACGGCGUCGAUUGGUGUUGGCAACCCCGCGACGUACUACGACCUCGUCGUUGACACGGCCAGCUCGAAUACGAUCAGGAAGACGUAUAUCCGUACGAGCAUGAGUAUCCCCACUGGACAGGAAGUCAAUGUCAUGUACCCCUCGGGUUUCUUCUCGGAAUAUGAAUAUGUUGACCAGGUGACUAUCGCUUCUGGACUCGUCAUCAAGAACCAGUCCAUCAGUGACACGCUCGAGUACGCUGACUUUGAAGGUGUAGAUGGGAUCAUCGGGGUCGGCCCUAUGGACCUCACUCUCGAUACUCUCUACCCGGGUGUCAAUGCAGAAAUCUGGACGGUGAUGAACAAUGCAUACGAGCAAGGACUCAUCUUGGAGCAGCUCCUCGGCGUGUCAUUUGCACCGGCGGACAGCUACAGCGACACCAAUGGAGCAUUGACAUUUGGAGGUAUUGAUUCGUCUCUGUACACUGGAGAGAUUACGUAUACUCCCGUCACGACAACGCAUCUAAUCUACAUCGCCGACAAUUUCCACUCCACCCACCAGAACACGAUUCCUGGCACGUACUACGACAACACAGGCCUGAUCAUCAUCCCAGAGUCGUCGGUCACGAGCAUGCAGAACUUCGACUUUGAGAUCGUUGGGACGACCUUCACACUCGACGCCGAGGCGCAGCGGCUCCCGCGCGACCAGAACCUCGCACGGGGCGUGGAGCCCGGAUUGCACUAUGGGUAUAUUAGCCCGAUCGGCUCUCCCAGCGGUGAAGGUCUGGACUUCAUCAUUGGGCAGAAGUUCAUGGGAAGGUACUAUGCGUCCUUUGACAUGGACAAUCAGCUUGUUGGCUUUCCAUAUACGUGA